AUGAAAUGUAUUGGAUUUGACCAGUGUAACUCUAUUGUGCUCGAUUUGAUCUGUCUCAUGUUUGCUUAUCGCGAGUUUCCAUCUGAGGUUCCACUGGGAGGUGGACGGGUACGCAAGAUCGGGUCCACUAUCCGACUCCACCGUUCCAAGAUUCGGAGAGGUCUGAAUGUGGGAUUGGCCCCGUGCUUAGAUUACCAAGAAAAGUCCGAAAUAUAA